AUGCCGCGGCAGUCCCCGACCUUGAUGCCGGCGCAGGCGGUGUUGUUGGACAAGGUCAGGACGUCCAGUGGUUCUCGCUGUAGCAACCUCGCCCCUCGCGUGCUCGCCAGGAGGAGCCCCGACGUGUUCGGCGCGCCGAUCCACAGGGUGCAGAUCGGACAGCUCUCGCACCGCCUAUGGCAGCUGGUGGAGAGAGGCCAAGUGACACUGGAGGCGACGCUGAGGCACCCUGGCGCGGCUUCCGCUGGUCUCGUUCUGCAGCCGAAUUCAAGGUUUUCGGAUUCCGAGGGGAAGAGGGAAACCCCAUUCCAGAUCCUCGCACUUACCGCGGUAGCACCCGCACUCUUUUUCCCCAUAUCCUAA